UCAAGUGGGAAACAGAGGGGGAAUCCAGAGACAAACCAGCGGGGGAAUUAGGAACUGUGACGCCGUGUCCUCUCUCCUGUGCCGGAGCAAGCAAAGGAAAGAGAGGUAGAGGAAAAAAGACUGAGCCUUGCAACCAACCCGUCACCCUGAUGAUGUGUCAGUCAAACACCCUGCAGGGACCAGAUCUACACACAGGGAAAUGGUUGCACUUUCCCCAGCUGGCCCUGAGGCGGAGGUUGGGCCAGCUAAGCUGUAUGUCUAGGCCUGCUCUGAAACUCCGUUCUUGGCCUCUGACUAUUCUCUAUUACCUUCUGCCUUUCGGUGCUCUUAAACCCUUGACCAGAGUGGGAUGGAGGCCUAUGAGCAGGGUUGCUCUGUACAAAUCGGUACCAACUCGCCUGCUCUCACGAGCCUGGGGUCGCCUGAACCAGGUGGAGCUGCCGACAUGGCUCCGGAAGCCCGUGUACAGCCUGUACAUCUGGACGUUUGGCGUGAACAUGAAGGAGGCAGCUGUGGAAGAUCUGCAUCACUAUAGAAACCUCAGCGAAUUCUUCCGCAGGAAGCUGAAACCACAAGCACGACCAGUCUGCUGCGUGCACAGCGUGAUCAGUCCCUCUGAUGGGAAGAUCCUUAAUUUUGGACAGAUAAAAAACUGUGAAGUGGAGCAAGUAAAAGGGGUUACUUAUUCACUGGAAUCUUUCUUGGGACCUCGCAUCUGCACGGAGGAACUGCAUUUUAGCCAGGCCCCACCGGAAAACUCUUUCCAGCAACAACUGGUCACAAAGGAGGGGAAUGAGCUCUACCACUGCGUGAUCUACCUUGCACCAGGGGAUUAUCACUGCUUUCACUCACCCACUGACUGGAGAGUGUCACACCGACGUCACUUCCCAGGCUCUCUGAUGUCCGUCAAUCCCGGAGUUGCUCGCUGGAUCAAGGAACUGUUCUGCCACAAUGAGAGGGUUGUCCUUACAGGUGGCUGGGAACACGGGUUUUUCUCUUUAACAGCUGUGGGAGCAACCAACGUGGGCUCUAUCCGCAUCUACUUUGACCAGGACUUGCAUACCAACAGUCCCUGUUACUCCAAAGGUUCCUACAACGACUUCAGUUUCAUCUCCAACAACAACAAGGAGGGGAUCUCCAUGAGGAAAGGAGAACACCUAGGGGAAUUUAACCUGGGCUCUACCAUCGUGCUCAUCUUUGAGGCGCCCAAGGACUUCAAAUUCCACCUCAAAGCUGGACAGAAAAUCCGCUUUGGAGAAGCACUGGGCUCUCUGUAG